AUGGGGCACAAGGAGAACCCGUUGGGACCCCAUGGGGCACAAGGAGAACCCGUGGGGCACAACAGGGGAGCUUUGGGCACCCAGGACCAUUUGGGGACCCCUGAGAACCUUGGGGCCCCCAGGACAGGAGGAUGGGGACUCGGGGGGCACCCAGGACCCCCCCAAACCCCCCCGGUGCCCCCCUUCCCCAGGCUGCAGGAGCUGGUCCGCCGGGGCAACAGCCAGUACCCCGGCGCCAAGUACAUCAUCCGGGACAACGGCGACCGCAUCGACCUGCGCUUCCACCCCAAGCCCAGCGACCUCCACCUGCAGAUCGGCUACAAGGUGGAGCGGCACAUGUGCGACGGCGACAUCGUCAUCUUCAACCGGCAGCCCACGCUGCACAAGAUGUCCAUGAUGGGCCACCGCGUGCGCAUCCUGCCCUGGUCCACCUUCCGCCUCAACCUCAGCGUCACCACGCCCUACAACGCGGACUUUGACGGUGACGAGAUGAACCUGCACCUGCCGCAGUCGCUGGAGACGCGCGCCGAGAUCCAGGAGCUGGCCAUGGUGCCCCGCAUGAUCGUCACCCCCCAGUCCAACCGGCCCGUCAUGGGCAUCGUGCAGGACACCCUCACCGCCGUGCGCAAGUUCACCAAGCGCGACGUCUUCCUCGAGCGCGGCGAGGUGAUGAACCUGCUCAUGUUCCUGUCCACGUGGGACGGCAAGGUGCCCCAGCCGGCCAUCCUGAAGCCGCGGCCGCUCUGGACGGGCAAGCAGAUCUUCUCGCUCAUCAUCCCCGGCCACAUCAACUGCAUCCGCACCCACAGCACCCACCCCGACGACGAGGACAGCGGGCCCUACAAGCACAUCUCGCCCGGGGACACCAAGGUGGUGGUGGAGAACGGCGAGCUCAUCAUGGGCAUCCUGUGCAAGAAGUCGCUGGGCACCUCGGCCGGCUCCCUGGUGCACAUCUCCUACCUGGAGAUGGGCCACGACACCACGCGCCUCUUCUACAGCAACAUCCAGACGGUCAUCAACAACUGGCUGCUCAUCGAGGGCCACACCAUCGGCAUUGGGGACUCCAUCGCCGAYGCCAAGACCUACCAGGACAUCCAGAACACCAUCAAGAAGGCCAAGCAGGAYGUCAUUGAGGUGGGGGCGGCCCGGGGGGCCCCUUGCGGGACGUUCACCCCCUGUCUCGGGGACAUGCGAGGAAGGACACGAGGAGAUGCCAAGGAAGACGGGUCCUUGGGAGGCCGUUGGAGGCCACCACCGCCGUCCCCGUCCCCAGGGUGUCCCCACCGCGUCCCCACCGCGUCCCCGCAGGUCAUCGCCGUGGUGGGCCAGCAGAACGUGGAGGGCAAGCGCAUCCCGUUCGGCUUCAAGCACCGCACGCUGCCCCACUUCAUCAAGGACGACUACGGCCCCGAGAGCCGCGGCUUCGUGGAGAACUCCUACCUGGCCGGCCUCACGCCCACCGAGUUCUUCUUCCACGCCAUGGGCGGCCGCGAGGGCCUCAUCGACACGGCCGUGAAGACCGCCGAGACCGGCUACAUCCAGCGGCGCCUCAUCAAGUCCAUGGAGUCGGUGAUGGUGAAGUACGACGCGACGGUGCGCAACUCCAUCAACCAGGUGGUGCAGCUGCGCUACGGCGAGGACGGGCUGGCCGGCGAGAGCGUCGAGUUCCAGAACCUGGCCACGCUCAAGCCCUCCAACAAGGCCUUCGAGAAGAAGUUCAAGUUCGACUACACGAACGAGCGGGCGCUGCGGCGCACGCUGCAGGAGGAGCUGGUGAAGGAGGUGCUGAGCGACGCGCACGUGCAGAACGAGCUGGAGCGCGAGUUCGAGAAGAUGCGCGAGGACCGCGAGGUGCUGCGCGUCAUCUUCCCCACCGGCGACAGCAAGGUGGUGCUGCCCUGCAACCUGCUGCGCAUGAUCUGGAACGCCCAGAAGAUCUUCCACAUCAACGCGCGCCUCCCCUCGGACCUGCACCCCGUCAAGGUGGUGGAAGGGGUGAAGGAGCUGAGCCGGAAGCUGGUGAUCGUCAACGGGGACGACCCGCUGAGCCGGCAGGCGCAGGAGAACGCCACGCUGCUCUUCAACAUCCACCUGCGCUCGACGCUCUGCAGCCGCCGCAUGGUGGAGGAGUUCCGCCUCAGCGGCGAGGCCUUCGACUGGCUCCUGGGCGAGAUCGAGUCCAAGUUCAACCAGGCCAUCGCGCACCCCGGCGAGAUGGUGGGCGCGCUGGCGGCGCAGUCGCUGGGCGAGCCGGCCACGCAGAUGACCCUCAACACGUUCCACUACGCGGGCGUCUCGGCCAAGAACGUCACGCUGGGCGUGCCCCGCCUCAAGGAGCUCAUCAACAUCUCCAAGAAGCCCAAGACGCCCUCGCUCACCGUGUUCCUGCUGGGCCAGAGCGCCCGCGACGCCGAGCGCGCCAAGGACAUCCUGUGCCGCCUGGAGCACACGACGCUGCGCAAGGUGACGGCCAACACGGCCAUCUACUACGACCCCAACCCGCAGAGCACCGUGGUGGCCGAGGACCAGGAGUGGGUCAACGUCUACUACGAGAUGCCCGACUUCGACGUGAGCCGCAUCUCGCCCUGGCUGCUGCGCGUGGAGCUCGACCGCAAGCACAUGACCGACCGCAAGCUCACCAUGGAGCAGAUCGCCGAGAAGAUCAACGAGGAGGAGGUGGUGGACAAGAUGGACGACGACGUCUUCCUGCGCUGCAUCGAGUCCAACAUGCUGACGGACAUGACGCUGCAGGGCAUCGAGCAGAUCAGCAAGGUGUACAUGCACCUGCCGCAGACGGACAACAAGAAGAAGAUCAUCAUCACGGAGGACGGGGAGUUCAAGGCGCUGCAGGAGUGGAUCCUGGAGACGGACGGCGUGAGCCUCAUGCGGGUGCUGAGCGAGAAGGACGUGGACCCCGUGCGCACCACGUCCAACGACAUCGUGGAGAUCUUCACGGUGCGCGCGCGGCGCCCCGGGGUGCCCCCGCACGCUGGGGGCCUUGGGGUGCCACAACCUGUUGGGAUCCUUUGGGUGCCAGGACCCGUUGGGGGCCUUGGGGUGCCCCAGCACCUUGGGGGCCUUGGGGGCGUCACAACCCAUUGGCGUCCUUUGGGUGUCCCA